GUGACAGCUGCCGCGCAUGCGCUCUCCCAAGGCCAUUUAAUUAUGAUUCCCGUUUUUGCCGUUUAAUUAAUUUCUUUUUGUUUUAUUUAUUUUGCUUGCAGUUCCCAUCGAAAAAUGCGUUUUUGAGUCCUCGCGGACCCCCAAAGUGUGCUAAAUCGUGCCUAAAUCAAGUUCCUUCGUCGUUUCACCGAACGAAAAAAAAUCAACUGGAUGACAUUAUUCAUUGAUAUCAGCUUCCAGUAAGAACAAUGGCAGUGAAGCAAAAAGUGGUGGAAUGUGUGGCUCAGAGUGCGGAGGCGCGCCUCCAGUUGAUCCUCCGGACGUUGCAAGACCUCACCGCCCAGGGGCUCCAGGACAAGAUGUGUGCGAACAUCGUGAGCAUCCUGGGGACCAUCCACGAGCCCACCGACCCCAGCGACUACAAACAGUUCAUUACGAGUAUUAAAAGCGUCCAGGAGAUCCUCACAAAAGAAUGCAUGAAACACGAUUUGAUUUACGUGACUUUGAGGUCACUCUACCACGAAAUCUCCACGUCUCAGAAGCCUCUAUCGCCGGCCAUGUCCAUAGUCUUGCAACUCAUCCAAGUCGAUUACAUCCCAACGGCUGUGGACUGGAUCCUCCAAACUGGGUACUCCCCCGAGAACCACAAAAAAGCCCUCAUGACACUCUGUAAUUGGCUCAUGAAAUGGACCUGGACGGAGAAUCUCAGCCGUCUUGUUUUAACCUUCAUGCAAGGUUUAGAGUCGCAACAACAACACGAGAUUUUGUUUGAGGUCACAGAUGCCACAAUUGAGCCCCUUUUCAAACUCUUGAUUUUGCCUGAGCAUCGUAAAAGUGUGGGCCCCAUUGUCAAAUACAUGAUGUUCUCAAUGUUGUCACAAAACAAUCCAGUGGCCUUUCACAAAAUCAUCCCACAUGUCGGUAAAGUCGUCACCUACUUGUAUAAAGAAAAAUCCGAUUCUAGUCUUGAAUAUUUCGGCGAUAUUGUCAAAGUUUGUGUUCUUUUAAUGGAACACUUCUCCGACUACUCCAAUCACUAUGUUCAGUUGAAAAAAGACUUGGAACACCAUCUACCGGCCGCUAAUUGUAUCCAAAAUGGCCAGUCGAAUUCCGUUGCAACGAUUUAUUCAUCAUCGGGGAAAGUCGGGUUGAAUAAUUUGGGGAAUACUUGUUAUAUGAAUAGUGUCCUCCAGGCGUUGUUCAUGACGAAGCCGUUCAGGAAUGAGAUUUUGUUGUAUAAUAAGGAUAUGACGUCGUUGUUGUCCAAGUUGCAAACGUUGUUUGCGUUGUUGCAACAUUCGAAGAGGUCUUCCAUUUCGCCACAUGAUAUUUCGAAUCUGGCGAGACCGCCAGGGUUUUUGCCAGGACAUCAGCAUGAUAGUUCGGAGUUUUUGGGGUAUUUGUUGGAUGUUUUGCAUGAGCAGGAGAAGACGGCCGUUUGCGGGAAUAGUGCUAAAGCAGAUCAUGUGCCCCCCUCGUACAGCACAAUAGUCCAAUCAGCCUUCGGGGGGCGCACCGUCUCCGUGUCUCGUUGCGGCGAAUGCGACACAAAAAGCGAACGUGUGGACAACUUCUGGGAGUUGCAACUCUCCUUUCCCAACACCACUGAGAAUCAAUCGGUGCAAACCCUCCUCAAUUACUACCUCCAACCGGAGAAACUCAGCGGAGACAACCAAUACCAUUGCGAGGUGUGCGACUGUCUCACAGACGGCGAACGCGUCACUUGCAUCGAGGAGGCUCCCCCACGUCUCAUCCUCACCCUCAAACACUUCCGCUACGAUCAGGCCUCCCAACAGCGCACCAAACUCCUCCAGAGUAUCAAACUCGACAAUCAUGUGCAGCUGGAAACCGGCCAAUAUGAACUCUAUGCAGCGGUGGUCCAUUGUGGGUCGAGUGUCGACUCGGGGCAUUAUUACACCUUUGCGAAAGACGGCGAUGAGUGGUUCAAAUUUAACGAUUGUUCCGUUAUGAGGACUAUGGCGGAGGAACUUUGCAGUUUGAAGCCGCCGGAAACGCCGUAUAUUUUGUUUUAUAGUAGACAGGAUUGCUCGGAUCCUGAGGCGUUGCCUCGGACGGUUUUAUCACAAAGAUUGCAAUUGGUUAUUAAUAAUGAUCACACGGAGUUUGAGUUGGAGAAGAGGAGGAGGCCGAUGAAGACAUACAAUGCCAAACAAAAUCGGAACGAUGAACCGCCCCCUCCGGGAUGUGGGGGAGGGCCGGGGUUUUCUAGUAAUUCAUCUAAUAUGUAUGUAUGCUAAAUGUUGAAAUAUAUAUCGGAUUUGGGUUAUUAUAAUAGUUGAAUUUUUUGGUAAUAUGUUGAACAACGAAAAUUUUGAUUUUCGAACCAGUGAACAUGUUACGAUUCUUGUAAAUAUUAGUUUUACACUCACAACUACACACAAAUAGGAAUUGUUUCAAAAAUCAUGUCGGACUAUUGUUGUUUUAUUGUUGUUUUUUUGUUUUAUUUUGACAGUACAACGUACUGAUUUGUUUUUUUUUUUUCGAUUUCCAUUAUUUCUCUAGGUUUGUUUACACUUAUUCUAAGUCUGUGAAUCUAUAGGUUUACUUUUUGUGGAUAUUGUAGAUAACAAAUUUGUUUACUGCUGGUAUUGUCCAUACCGUCUGUCUGUACACAAAUUCUACGCUUGUAUAUUUAUAACAAUAAAUUGUUCUUUUCA